CCAGCGUGCACCGCGGCCGCCCCGUCCCCGGCGGGCCGCCAUGUUGUCGGAGGGAGAGGUGCUGGUGGAAUGAGCGUGGCGUGCGUCUUGAAGCGGAAAGCAGCCCUCUGGCAGGACUCCUUCAGCCCCCACCUGGAGCCACUCCCUCAGCAACCAGCUCAUCCCAACAUGCCCGUGGUGUUGGCAUCUGGACCCGGGGCCCAGGCGCAGCAACCCCCUGCGGCCAGCCAGGCCCUGGCUGCCGCCGCAGCCGCUGCCGCCGCAGCCGCUGCCGCCGCCGCCGCCGCAGGGACCCGCUCCAGCCCCGCACCAGGCUCCGGUGGCGGCGCCGGACGCUCCCAGGACGACGCUAUGGUGGAUUACUUCUUCCAGAGGCAGCACGGGGAGCAGCUCGGCGGAGGGGGCAGCGGCGGAGGCGGCUAUAGUAACAGCAAACAUCGCUGGCCCACCGGGGACAGCAUCCACGCCGAGCACCAGGUGCGCUCCAUGGACGAGCUGAAUCAUGAUUUCCAAGCACUUGCUCUGGAGGGCCGAGCUAUGGGCGAGCAGCUCUUGCCAGGGAAAAAGUUUUGGGAAACAGAUGAUUCCAGCAAAGACGGACCAAAGGGGAUAUUCUUGGGUGACCAGUGGCGAGACAGUGCCUGGGGAACGUCAGACCACUCCGUCUCCCAGCCGAUCAUGGUGCAGCGCCGGCCUGGUCAGAGCUUCCAUGUCAACAGCGAGGUCAACUCGGUACUGUCACCACGGUCGGAGAGCGGGGGCUUGGGCGUCAGCAUGGUGGAGUACGUCCUGAGCUCUUCCCCUGGAGACUCCUGCCUCAGGAAAGGCGGAUUUGGCCCACGGGAUGCAGAUGGCGACGACAACGACAAAGGGGAGAAGAAGAGCAAAGGCACCUUUGACGGGGACAAGCUGGCAGAGCUGAAGGAGGAGGGUGACAGCAUGGACAAGGCCAAUGGGUGCUUACCCGUGCAGAACGGAAUUGACGGGGAUGGCAAAGACUUCAGCCGGACCCCCGGGAACUGCCCGACGUCAGCCGCCGAGGUGGAUCUCCUGGGCCCAAACCCGGGUGGAGCCGACGGCCUGGCCCAGCUGGGCGGUGGCAACGGGGCCAAGCCCGUGGAGGAUUUCUCGGCCAUGGAAUCCCAGAGCGUGCCACUGGACGCCAUGGAGCACGUGGGCAUGGAGCCUCUCCAGUUCGACUACUCCGGCACACAGGUGCCCGUCGACUCGGCCGCGGCCACCGUGGGUCUGUUCGACUACAACUCCCAGCAGCAGCUGUUCCAGAGGCCGAAUGCACUUGCGGUCCAGCAACUUACCACAGCCCAGCAGCAGCAGUACGCGCUGGCCGCCGCUCACCAACCACACAUCGGUCUGGCUCCCGCCGCCUUUGUCCCCAACCCCUACAUCAUCAGCGCUGCGCCCCCGGGGACGGACCCCUACACGGCCGGACUGGCGGCCGCCGCGGCCACCCUUGGCCCUGCCGUGGUCCCCCACCAGUACUAUGGAGUCACCCCCUGGGGCGUCUAUCCAGCCAGCCUCUUCCAGCAGCAGGCGGCCGCCGCUGCCGCCGCCGCCGCCACCAACUCAGCCAAUCAGCAGACGACGCAGCAGACCCAGCAAGGCCAGCAACAGGUGCUGCGGGGAGCGGCCAGCCAGCGGCCCCUGACCCCAAACCAGAACCAGCAGGGACAGCAGACGGACCCCCUCGUGGCAGCUGCAGCCGUCAACUCCGCGUUGGCCUUCGGACAGGGGCUGGCGGCUGGGAUGCCGGGCUAUCCAGUCCUGGCGCCCGCCGCAUACUACGACCAGACGGGCGCCCUGGUGGUGAACGCAGGAGCCCGCAACGGCCUGGGCGCACCCGUCCGCCUCGUGGCUCCCGCCCCCGUCAUCAUCAGCUCCUCGGCCGCCCAAGCAGCAGUCGCAGCGGCCGCAGCUUCGGCCAACGGCGCAGCGGGGGGCCUCGCGGGCACGACGAACGGGCCGUUCCGCCCUUUGGGCACACAGCAGCCGCAGCCGCAACCCCAGCCACAGCCCAGCAGCAACCUGGCCUCCAGCUCAUUCUACGGCAACAGUUCGCUGAGCAACAACGCCCAGAGUAGCUCUCUGUUCUCCCAGGGCUCGGCCCAGCCUGCCAGCCCCUCCCUGGGCUUUGGGGGCAGCGGCUCUCUGGGUGCCACCCUGGGCUCUGCCCUCGGUGGGUUUGGCACGGCAGUCGCCAACUCCAGUGCCGGCAGCGCCUCCCGCCGUGACUCUCUGACGGGCAGUAGCGACCUGUACAAGCGCACCUCUGGCAACCUCACCCCCAUUGGACACAGCUUCUACAACGGCCUGGGCUUCUCCUCGUCACCGGGCCCAGUGGGCAUGCCCCUGCCCAGCCAGGCCCCGGGACAUUCCCAGACACCGCCCCCAUCCCUCUCCUCGCACGGGUCCUCGUCCAGUCUAAACCUGGGUGGACUGACCAACGGCAGCGGGAGAUAUAUUUCGGCAGCCCCCGGGGCCGAGGCCAAGUACCGCAGCGCCAGCAGCGCCUCCAGCCUGUUCAGCCCGAGCAGCGCCCUGUUCCCUCCGUCCCGCCUGCGCUACGGCAUGUCCGACGUCAUGCCGUCCGGCCGCAGCCGCCUCCUGGAGGAUUUCCGCAACAACCGCUACCCCAACCUGCAGCUGCGUGAGAUCGCCGGCCACAUCAUGGAGUUUUCCCAGGACCAGCACGGAUCCAGGUUCAUCCAGCUGAAACUGGAGCGGGCGACCCCAGCUGAACGCCAGCUGGUCUUCAGUGAGAUCCUGCAGGCGGCCUACCAGCUCAUGGUGGACGUGUUUGGGAACUAUGUCAUCCAGAAGUUUUUUGAAUUUGGGAGCUUGGAGCAGAAGCUGGCGCUGGCGGAGCGGAUCCGGGGACAUGUGCUGUCCCUGGCACUGCAGAUGUAUGGCUGCCGCGUCAUCCAGAAGGCGCUCGAGUUCGUUCCCCCUGACCAGCAGAACGACAUGGUGCGGGAGCUGGACGGCCACGUCCUCAAGUGCGUCAAGGACCAGAACGGAAACCAUGUAGUGCAGAAGUGCAUCGAGUGUGUCCAGCCACAGUCUCUGCAGUUCAUCAUCGAUGCCUUCAAGGGCCAGGUGUUUGCGUUGUCCACGCACCCGUACGGCUGCCGCGUGAUCCAGAGGAUCCUGGAGCAUUGCCUCCCCGAUCAGACGCUGCCCGUCCUGGAGGAGCUGCACCAGCACACGGAGCAGCUCGUGCAGGACCAGUACGGAAACUACGUCAUCCAGCACGUACUGGAGCACGGGCGUCCCGAGGACAAGAGCAAGAUUGUAGCCGAAAUUCGGGGCAACGUACUUGUAUUGAGUCAGCACAAGUUUGCCAGCAAUGUGGUGGAGAAGUGCGUGACCCACGCAUCGCGCACGGAGCGCGCCAUGCUGAUCGAUGAGGUAUGCAGCGUGAACGAUGGGCCGCACAGCGCGCUGUACACCAUGAUGAAGGACCAGUACGCCAACUACGUCGUGCAGAAGAUGAUCGAUGUGGCCGAGCCCGCCCAGCGCAAGAUCGUCAUGCACAAGAUCCGGCCACAUAUCGCCACGCUGCGCAAAUACACGUACGGGAAGCACAUCCUGGCCAAGCUGGAGAAGUACUACAUGAAGAACGGGGUGGACCUGGGACCCAUCUGCGGCCCCCCCAACGGCAUCAUCUGAGAAAACGGGGGCGCUCCGCCCACCCCCGUCCCUGCCUUCCAUCCCCUGCCACCACCACCCCUGAUAUUCCAGCAGGUCCGCGGAUCCGGGAACCGGACAUACAGACACACACACAGACACACACACACACACACGUCCCUCUCCCCCUUUGUAAAUUCCUUUAAUUUUAUUAUGCAUAACAUGUACUAAUUAUUUUUUUUAAUUAACAAAUUGCCCUGCUGUUUUACUGGUUGUAUAGUAUCCUUGUACAUAGGUAGCAACCGACCCAGAGGCCCUGGGCCCGACGCUCCCCACCCUGUUCCCCCCACCCCCAGAGACUCGGCUCAGGGCUGAUGUCAAAGAGAAAAAAAAGUUUUUAAUUGUUGGGCGGGAAGGCGGGUUUGGCCAUCCGGCUUCCCCUGGGUGAGUGUGUGGCCGGCUGGCCGGUGCCCGUGGCCACCUUCCCUGCUGCGCCCGGACCGAGCUCCCCGUGGUGCCAGCCUCCCACCCCAGAUGCCUUUUUAAGUUUCUGGAACUUUUUAAAUUGCUCCUUUCGGAGGGUGGA